AUGCGCUUAGCUCACUUGCACAUCCCCGGCCUGAUCCCCUACAGCCACUCACUGCGUCUGCAAACGGCCAUUCUGGAGAGAUAUUUCCAACACAAGGAUUGGCUGCGCUCAGUCGGGAGAGAGGCGGCGGGGCCGAGAGGAAGAAGAGAAGGCGAGGCAGCGAGUAGUGCACACGUCCGUGUGCUCGACGGCAAGGACCGGGGACCUACAGGGCAGACGGCGAGAAGUAUCAUCGAUCGAUCAGCUUCGCAUCGUGCUGCUGCUGAGCAUGAUGACGCAGCUGAGGCUCGCACCAGGCUGGCAAGCAGCAUAUCGAGGCCACGACACGAUCAAGAUCACGAUCGACCAGGCUCGUCGUUGCUUGGCACCGGAAAUGGAAGUUGCACUACAAAUAGUACGACGACUGCCCUCCGCAAGGCCAGCUCGCCCUCGCCUCUUGACAUCAGCUCCAGCUCCCAUACGCUUGCGCACAUUCAGACUCCCCCGGACCCUGUCCUCCUGACAUUCAGCACCCCUCCCACCUACACGGUCGGUCGUCGGCACCUCCUGACCAACCCCAUCUCCGCGGAUCAACAGUCCCUCCUUUCUGCCAAGGGCCUGGCGACCUUUCACGCCUCCCCGCGCGGUGGACUUCUCACGUACCACGCACCCGGCCAGCUGACCGGCUACGUGAUUGUCGACCUGCGGAGGUUUGCCAUCAGUGCGAGAUGCUGGGUAAGGUUGUUGGAGGAGAGUGUCAUGCGCACCUGUGGUCGCUGGGGGGUUCGGGCGGGGAGAACGGACGAUCCGGGGGUUUGGGUGCUGGACCAGGAAGAGGGUAAGCGAGACUCAUCCUCCACGCCAGCAGCCAAAUUAUCGGCAGCAAGCGAUCGCAAAAUCUGUGCCAUCGGUGUCCAGGUCUCGCGUGGUGUUACCUCUCACGGCGUCGGGUUGAACGUAUAUGACGCACCGCUUCCCUCGGCAUCUCCGUCGUCUGUAUUACCAUCCGCAGACCUCUCAUCGUCAUCCGGCUCGUCCUCCCCUUCUUCCUGGUCGUCACCGUCGCCUUCUCUUUCUGCCGUGUCCUCCUCACGACUGGGACUUUAUGACUUCAUACCCACACAAUUAUCCUCUCCCUCGUACGAUCCCUCUACGCGAGGCUACCUCUCGUGGGGAUUCAGUCGCAUCGUCGCCUGCGGACUAGAAGGGAAGAGCGUAACUUGGCUGACGAGGGAGAUGUCGCGCUCUUACCCGCCUUCGGGCUCGACGGAACACGGAACCUCAUUUCUGCCUUCGACAGGUGAACCCCUGGGGCGAGGUGGACGGCGCAGCAACGACGAUCACGCUGGGCUAGCCGCAGAGCCGAUCCUAAUGGAAUCUGUCGCCGACGUCUUUGCCCACGAGAUCGUCCACGGCCUCAAUACCAUGAAAGCCGAGGGUAAGGAGACUGUGGAUGGCGUAUACAGCAUGCGAGAGACGGACCUUCUGUGA